UACAGAUAUGAAAGAAGGCUGUUUUAGUAACACUCUUAAUGUGUGACUCAAACAAGAGAGUUGGGUAGAAGAUAAUGCUGACAUUUAACAGAGUCGCUUUGUAUAAUUGCUUUAUUGUUGAAUGUUAAGGUGGUAUUAUUAAAUAAGUGCCGGUGUCCAGCAAAUCAACAUUUCCAUUUUCUUAGCUUUAAGAUACAAAAAGUUUCUGGACAUCCAUCAUUUAAUCCUUGUGUGGUGUUCAUAUUGUUGUUACUCAGCCAGUGUCUGUGGGUCUGAUGGACCCGUUGCAUUUUGUGGCUUUUAGUGCCUCACAAUCAAACACUUUUAUGUUAAAAUACUGAACAGAUGUUUACCUCAUCCCAAAAAACAUCUGUAAUGAAGUGCUUCGAGAGGCUGGUAAAGGAAUACAUUGUCUCCAGACUUACCCCCCACAUUCGACCCAUACCAGUUUGCUUAUCGCCCUAACCGCUCCACAGAGGACGCCAUCUCCUCUGCACUCCACCUGAGCUAAGAACAUCUGGAAGGAAAGGACACACACGUGCGGAUGUUGUUUCUGGACUUCAGCUCGGCAUUCAACACCAUCAUCCCGCAGCAUUUGACAGACCACAGUCAGUGAGAGUGGGCGACAACACCUCCAGUGCCAUCUCCCUGAGCACCGGCUCCCCCCAGGGCUGCGUCCGAGUCCACUACCGUUUACAUUGAUGACCCAUGACUGCUGCGCCAGGUCCACUACUAACCACAUUGUGAAGUACACAACAGUAGUGGGCCUCAUCCGUGACAACAACGACAUCGACUACAGGGAAGAGGUGAAACAUCUGGUUGACUGGUGCACAACCAACAACCUGGUCCUGAACGUCGACAAGACCAAGGAGAUCAUCGUCGACUUCAGGAAGCACCAGUCCAGCCACACUCCACUCUUCUUCAACGGCACAGCAGUGGAGAUGGUAAGCAGCACCAAGUUCCUGGGGGUGCAGAUAACUGACAAUAUGACCUGGUCCCUACACACCGGAACUCUUGUAAAAAGAGCUCAGCAGCACAUGCACUUUUUGCGUCGGAUGAAAAGAGCACAGCUCGCUCCCCCCAUUCUCACCACUUUCUACAGAGGCACUAUAGAGAGCCUACUGACCAACUGCAUCUCUGUCUGGACUGGAGCCUGCAGUGCCUCAGACUGGAAGUUUCUGCACAGAGUGGUGAGGACGGCGGAAAAGAUCAUCAGGACUCCUCUUCCUCCUAUCCAGGAGAUUGCAAAAAGCCGCUGCCUGACCAGGGCUCAGAAAAUCUGCAAAGACUCCUCCUACCCCCACCAAGGACUGUUUUCACUGCUGGACUCUAGAAAGAGGUCCGCAGCCUCCGCAGCAGAACCUCCAGGUUCUGUAACAGCUUCUUCCCUCAGGCCGUAAGACUAUUGAACGCAUCAUAAUAAUCCCCUCAAUUCCCCCCAAAAAUGGAUUAACUCGCUGGAAUAUAAAGACAAUAUAACAUACAUCCAUAAAACUGGAUGCAUAUGCAAAAGUGCAAUUUAUUUAUCUGUACAGUAAUCUAUUUAUUUAUAUCUGCACCUUAUUGCUUUUUUAUCCUGCACUACCAUGAGCUAAUGCAACAACAUUUCGU